CAAAGAGGAGCCUAACGAGUUUGACUAGUAAUCCCUCAACUUCAAGUUUAUGUGUACUUGGCAAAUCCUUGGUGUAACUGAAUAAAUCGUACGAUUGUUCGCUCUGAUAUUUAAAAAUGUCGGGAGAAGGAGCGCACACGAGUGCAAAACGGCUUAAGACAGACACUUGUGGGUCAUUCUUUAAAGAGUUUUUAAAAAAGGAAAUUGAAAAAGAUUUAUUGGAAGAGGCAUACAUAUCGUUGUGUGGAGGAUCGUCAGAUUUGGUGUUUCGUACACUAGAAAUACUGCAGACGAAUGCCCUUCUAAGUGAGGAGUUCACGCGUGCAUCUUGUGAGGUACAAAUGUAUGAAAAAUACAGGACAGACGAAAAACCCCUCGCCCGCAUUUAUGCAGCUGGGUCAAUUUUUCGGAAUGGAAUUUUUAUUUUAAAGAAACUCCUUGAUCCACAUCCGCAGGUUCCAGAAGAUGGAAAACAAAUGGAAGCUUUGAAAAAAUUGUUGAAUUAUUUAAUCGCGGAUAAGGAUUGUAAGCAUGAUCAUGAUAUUGCAUUAGUGGAAAGUGAAACAUGUGAUGAAGCAGAGUGGGCAGUUAUAGUAGCACAGCAUUUGUUAUCACCUCUGACCGUAGAUGGAAGUUACACAAUCGAUGAUUCAUAUGAUAAUCUAAGAUUCCAACCAAGUUGUCCAUGCAAAAAUGGUGAAAGUGUAGAUGUAGAUUUUGAUGAUAAUUCAUUUGGUUGGAUUGAUGGUUGGUAUGGUAGAUCUGAUAUAUUGAUUAACAAUGUUUCUGUGCAUUUGGCUGGUGCCGAAGAUGAUAAUUUAAAAGUUGGUUCAUCAGCUGUUUCUUUAGCAGAGUCUUCUACAGACACAAAGACAUCUAAUCAUCAGGAACAGGUUUUAGCUCAAACAAUCGUUUUCUCAUUUCUCAAGCGCAAGGAAUAUGGAGAUGAUCUAAAACAUUGUUUGGUUCCUACUAUAGGGAUCUCAAAAAAAAAGAUCGUCAUUUAUUUUUAUGAUAGCGAAGAAGAUGUGCUCCUUGGAACAACUGAAUUGGAUUUGUUCGGAUAUAAAUCAAUAUGUUAUGAUACUAUAGUAUUUCUUUGGCUGACCUUGAAUUAUGAUAUCUUCUGUACGGGAAUCACGGAUUCAAUGAAAAAUUGUAAAGCAAAAUUUUUCACCAAAGUUGGCAGUUUUCUAGAAAAUUACAGAAAUGAUGUCACUAGAAACUUGCCAAAAGGAGAAUAUUUAUCUCAAGAUGAAACUGGCUGGACUAAAAGUGGGGCAGUUGAAGAGAAAAUUCCUAUUAAUUCAGAUAAGGAAAACUUUGGAAUCAGAAUGAAUCGUUUAUAAAUUCAUUAUUUUCAGUUUAGAAUACAUGUGCAAUAGCCCCAACAAAUGAAAACUUGGUGGCUUGAUUUCAUUUUGAGCAGUCAAAUAGUAAUGGUUACUAUUGUUAAAAGGUCAAGUGGAUGUAUUUUGACAUGUUUGAUAACAUAUAAUGUACAAAGAUGAGCUUCAUUUACGAAAUAGAUUUUUUGCAAAGUAUUUAUAAAUUUUGGCAACUCUUAAAUAUUUUCAAUUGAAAUUCAAAAUAUUUACAUUGCUCAUGUAAUGGUAAUCCAGGGAUUUUAUCUGUCUGAUAAGUCUGAGGGCUGUUCCCAAAACUUUUUGGAGAAGGGGAUGGGAGGUGAGAUACUAACUUUUUUUUGUUUUGAAGAUAUGUAAAAAAUUUAAAAAAAACACAGAGUUGUCUCCUAUUUUUUCAGAUGUUUUGUUUUUGAAGUUA